UCGUUAUUUCCUUGUCAGCAUUUAUCCUAUAAAAAAAGCCUCAAAAUCCAACCGCAGUCUUCCCCGCCACCCUUCCCCCUUAUCCAAACCGUCGCCGGACCACCAUGAGCCCGCACGACGACACCGUCGACAAGCUCGUCAUUUUCCUCGCAAAGCGCGAUGGGAUCGACAAGUUUGUCAAAACCAUCCAAUACGUCUCCAAGCUCGUCCACUACCGUGCCGAACCCGUCCACCCUGAUCUAGCCCGCCGCGCCAAGCUCUGGGAAGUGGCUUCCGGUCUCAGUCGCAAAGCCUUCCGAUCCGGCCGCUUCCUCUCCGGCUUCAACGCACUUCGCCGCGCUCCGGGCACCACUCCUCUCUCCGUCUUCGCCAACGCCGGCGAGAUGGUUUACUUCUUCUUCGACCAUUUCCUCUGGCUCGCCCGCGCCGGCGUCCUCGACCCUUCUCUCGCCACGCGCUUCAGCUUUGUCUCCGCUUUCGGCGAGUCCUUUGGCUACGUUUUCUUCAUUCUUCUCGAUCUCAUCGCCAUCCGCAAGGGCUUGUUUGAACAAACGAGGCUGAUUUCCCAAAAAACAGAUCGGGGAGAGGCAGAGAAGAAGGAGAAGGCGAUUAGGAUUGAUAGGGUGAUGAGACUGAUGGGCAUUGCCGCCAACCUCGCCGAUUUGAUCAUCGCGAUUGCUGAUAUCGAGCCCAAUCCAUUCUGCAACCACGCUGUGACGCUCGGGAUCAGCGGUCUUGUAUCCGCCUGGGCUGGUUGGUAUAGAAAUUGGCCGGCUUAAAGGAAGAAAAUGCUUCCAAAAACAUGCUACUUAAACUAUUCAAAAGAUUAGGUGGCUGUUGGGAGAGGUUGGGUAAAAAUAAGGAGCAAGAGGUCCCGAUUUCGCUUACUCUCCAAUUACAAAAGCAAGAGGACCAAAUUCUCCAAUGACUUCAACAUAUUUCAUGGUCUGUUACUGUUUCAGAAUCAAUUAAGAUAUAAAUUGUUGUUAUUACAUUUAUAGUCUGAAGGUUCAAGCAUCUUCAGUUUGUAAAGAUUAUCAAUCAUAAGAUGAUUAUGUUUAAAAGGAAUCCGAAAUGGUUGAAAUGGAUCAGUUUCCAUCACAA